AAGCCUUACCAGGUCAUUUCAAGACUUCUGUUUACUACAUUUUUUGGUUCUCCUCCAUCUUCGUUCUUGCUUGAACAUCUAUCUGUCUAUUCGUCUGAAAGAACAUUUCUUCCAAAAAAAAUUCCAAAAAAUCAAUUUUUACUAAGCAGAGUCCCCCUGCGUCUAGUUCGAAGAUAGGGUACUGUGAGAACGAGAAGGUUUUCAUCGUUGAGGUUCCCCAGAAAUAGACAAAAAAUGUCCCGAACUAGAACUACCAUUUCUUCAAGCUGGAAAGGACGCGCCGUCCGCGUUGUCGUGGCUGGUUGUGUCGGCAAGGAGUUGGCUCGUGGCAUCCGUCUGGAACAAUUCAAGGCUGCGUCUUCUUCGGGUGGUGGUGGUCCUCCUCCUCCAUCUUCUUCUUCUUCCUCUCCUUCUUCUUCUUCGAAUGGUGAACACUAUGCGCCCGGUGGUGGGGCCCAGACGCCGGGUACCACGUUGGCAGGUGGUGAUGGUCGUGGCAACCCGGAGCAAGCAUCCCCUGCCACGCCAGGAAGCACUGAAGGUCAAGCUGAAGAAGCACCUCCUGGCACUCCACGACGCGUUGCGCCGGUCGAACAAGCUCAGGACAGUCCGGUUGCCGGGAGAGCUCCUCCUCGAGGGCCGUUUACUCCGCAGCGCGGCGCGGGUUCACCCUUGCGCCCUCCUCGAGGGCCGUUUACUCCGCAGCGCGGCGCGGGUUCACCCUCGCACCAAUUCAGUAUUUCCACGCCGCCACCUCACGCUCUUCCUCGGGCAACCUCGUCUGGCUCUGGCUUACCGAUUGAUUCGGACACACCCUCACCCGGUGCUCGUCGAAAUCUUGAAGAGCACCCGGGCGUUCCAGUCGGUGGCGGCAUGAUCUUCGGCAACGAUCCAUUCGUCGACAUGUGGCAGGCCGGUAAGGCGGCGCCGAAAGCACCCCCGGUGCCGCCGCCGGCGCCAGAAGUACCACCACUGGACCAGAUUCUGGCCGUGUUUGGGGAGGGAGUCCCAGAUGCCAAAGCACCGGCAGGUGCCGCGGGACCGGCUGAAGCGGAACCCGAUCUUCCAGCAGCUCAAGCACAAGGAAAACAAGCACCUGUCGAGCUGGUCGGGCUGGUGGAGGAGGUGGCGCAAAAGCGUGAACAGUAACGAGGAAAGAUGAAAUCGGAGUACGUCGAUAUGGGAACUAAAAAGGUGGCAUAGACGUAGUUGGGGAGGUGGCAGGUUGAGCAGUGCGCGAGAUGAUACUGUACAUCUUUGAGAAGGUAGGAGUACUAGAACAGACUGACCUUGUCUGCUAUUUUCAAUGCCACGAAUGCGUUUUUGAGAUUUAGUUUUGAUAUUCGAAUUUAUGAUUUUUUUCUCGGAGUCGGACCACGACAGCCAGGAGAGUGGGAAUGAAGAUAUUCGAGUCAUUUGGCUUCUGCUUCUGCGCAAAUCAAAGAAAGAUCAUGCGGAUUGGGAAGCGUGGUCGUUGUUGAUUUUUUUCUUUAGCUCUUUAAAUGUAUUUCUGAAUCAGAGAAUGCUGACAAGUGUACUAUAAAAAUAAAGAAGUGGGGGCUAAGUACUUAUUAGUGGAAAAAGAAUAAGUCUAAGAGGAUGUGAUAGAAGAACGAUCAUGGGGAAUGCAUGUUGGGCUGGUGAGAUAAUCUGAGGAAGACUACUGACCCUGAGACAAUGCUUGUCGACAUUUUUUUCUGAAAAUUAGAUUUGAUGAACCAUAGGAGAUGUGGUGCAGCUCAACUGCAUGGUCAACUAAGAUUUGAGAUGUUAAUUAUUUCUGAUGUUAAUAGAUAUAUUUUUGACUCGUAGUAGCUGUUCUUGAUGUUGUGCUGGUAUUCGAUGUAGAUCGAUGUAGUAUUCGUCAAUGCAGCUAGAAGAUGAAGGGUGGGUCAUUUUGAAAUAUUGGAUUCAAAUCAAACAAUUUUCCUAUACCAAAGAGGACAAGACGUGUACAGUGAACGAUAUUCCUGAAUGGAGCAGAAGGAAUAUGUAAUUGUUUCUAAGUAAGAUUUGAACAGACAUGACGUCGCAAAUAUCACAAUAGGCAAACCGGUGACCUAUUUAAUAGCACGACAUUAUAGUUUGGGAAUUACAAUUACUUAAUAAAGACAUCAUGAUGAGAAGUGUUGACCACAGGUGGAGGGUUGUAGCCGACAGUGCUUCUGCUACCUGGAGCUGGAUGGAGUAGCC